AUGCCUUUCACACGCACAACUGCUCGCCGCUCUCGCCCUAGGGCCAACAACCAGCCUCCCACGUUGCGCCGCGAAAACGCCGAAGUAAUUUACGAGACAGUUGACGACGUCGACUUGUCGGGGGGAGUCGACCAGCUCCUCACAUUCUUCACCGCCCCUACCAAGUCGCUCCUGCCACCCACGUUAUCCAAUGAGAUGACCGUGGAUGCCACACCUUCGGAGUCGCUCCCAACCUAUGCCGAGACAAGCAAGGCGCAAGGAAAGAGCCAGGACGACAAGGAAGGAGCACAAUCUCUCACUUCCAUCCUACAUCGCAAAACAAUUUGCACGAUUUGCACGUCUACCACGAUCAAAGUCGCACCCGACCCGAAUACCAAACAUCAACUUUCCGUCUUCAUCACCAAAAGAAGCACAGCAAUGUCCCAGUCCAACAACCCCCGCCGCUCGCAACUGCGCGACAACCACCAGCGCCAGCGGCGUCUCCAGCUCGUCCCACCCGUGUCCCUCGACCCCCAGCCUCCCCACCCUCGCGUCCAGCGACAAGACGCGACGGUCAGGUCCCCCAUCCUCGAAGCAAUUGCCGCCGAAGUCGAGGAAGCCAGGUGGGCGGCACUCGCCAACCAAUACAUGGCGUUAUUCGACCAAAACGACAGACCCGGCACCGGGGCUCGCGCGCACGCUUUCUUUGAUGCUCUCGCCGGCGACGAUCAUUCCUUGGCCGAGUUGAUCGGCCGUCAAAUUCGGGAGCUGAUUGAGCGCGACCCCGUCUUGUAUAUGUGGCGCGACCAUGAGGAUGGCAUUGUGAACCCGCCGCCGCCGUACACGGCGCAUCCGACAAAGGGCGAGAUUACCGUUGAGAUGUCUCCGGAGGUGGUUCUGCCGGAAUACACUCCUCCCUACACUCCGUUCGGGCAGGAUCUGAAGUGGCAGACCGAGGCCGAAGAUGAGGAGGAUGAAAGCGAGGUGAUGGAAGAC